AUGAGAUCUGUCUGUAUACGAGAAGAAAACCUACGGAGUCGGUUGAACUUUGACCAGAAACAGUUAAGGCAGCUAUUGGCAGGGCUGAAAAAUGAGAAGUUGGUAAAAGAUCGGUUACUGCAGCAAAAGAACGAAACUGGGAGGAAUGUCUCUAUCAUCUUUUAUUUCAUAAACUAUAGGGCUAUAAUCAACGUGUUGAAGUAUAAAAUUGAUCACAUGAGACAGAUGCUGGAGGCACGUGAGAAGAAUGAGCUACAAAAAGCCAACUACAAAUGCGAUCAGUGUGGAGCUCAGUAUGAGGACAUGGACAUAGACAGGAUAUUUGACAUACAAACUGGAACGUUGAAAUGCUGGCGGUGUCAAGGCGAGGUUACGCAAGACAUAACUGGAGGACCAACUCAAGUCACCAGGUUUUGA